AUGGGCGAAUUGGUGCAACUUGAAAUUGGCAGUGACGUAGAAGGAUGGCGAAUUGACGGCAAACUUGGUGAGGGGGCCUUCGGUGCUGUCUACGUCUGCUCCAAGGAUAAUCAAAAAUAUGCAUUGAAGGUGGAAAGUGUACACGAAAAAGUGGGUUUCCUUAAAAUGGAGCUAACAGUGCUAAGUAAGCUGAAAGAGCAAGACCGCCUGAGGCAUUUCUGCCGAAUCGAGGAUAAGGGACGGCACAACGAUUUCUUCUACAUUGUUAUGACGAUGGUUGGAAGAUCAUUACAGGUUUAUGUUUUUCGCAACAAAUCGGAUUGUUUUAAAACUGAACUCCACCUCUCACUCGAAGAUCUGCACAACAUUGGUUAUUUGCAUCGAGAUGUCAAACCGGGUAAUUUUGCCAUUGGACGACCAGAAAUCAACGAAUUGAGAAACAUCUACGUACUGGACUUCGGUAUGGCUCGAUUGUACAUCCACGCAGAUGGCACAAUGAGAAAUCCUCGAGCACUGACCGGUUUUCGUGGUACCGUAAAGUAUGCACCACUGUCGGCACACAUUUUGCGUGAACUGUGCCGGAAAGAUGAUGUUGAAUCGUGGCUUUACAUGGUAGUCGAACUAACAAGCGGCAAGCUACCGUGGAGAAAUAUGAAUAUCUGUGAUAAGACGAAAUUUUUUGAUACACCAGAAUAUGAAAAAAUUUACAGUUUAAUGCAAGAUGCGAUCAGAACUACCAAAAGUCAGGAAUAUCCGUACGACUGGGAAAAACCAAAGCAAAGUGCUGAAACGCUCGAGCACCAAAGCGGUGUUGUAAGUGAAUACAAAAGUGUCUUGGAUGGGCCGCGAAAAAAUGAUAAGGAAUGCAAGGAGGAGUGCAAAAACGAUAAAGCACAACAAGAAGCCAACGUUGAACCGAAAGCCCCUUAG